UCUGUUCUAGAGAGGCGCUCUGUCGAAUAUAUAGUGAAAAUGCAUUAUAUUUUAAUAGAUAUUCUCCUCUGCUGCAGGGUAUUAAGCAAACAAACUAAAUGCAUAGUUAUGAAGCGCAAAAUUGCCACCCCUGGAGACGCUGGAAUAUACACGUGUAUGGUGGGGAAUAUAAUGGGGCUGAAGUCAGUUAACGUAUGGCUAAAAGUUAGAUCCGCCACCACUAUAUCAUCAUCAACCACUGAAAACACCACCACCGCCCAAAAACCACCAUCCAACACCAACACAACGGAACAUCCAACUACCAGAGAUACCCAGAUACCAUUCUCAUUUUCAACAGACAAGGACCCGAACAGCAGCAGACAAAGUCUCCUUAACACCAAGGCUGAAAAUGUUCAACUGCAGAAAAAGACGGUGGACAUUGUAGAAGAAUUACUUAGCAUACAAAAACAGAAAUUGAAACUUUUGCAAAAAUCACUUACAUCCUAAUCCAAACUGUAUAUUCAUAUCCUUCUAUGACCAUAUUUUAAUCUUUAAUUUUUGUUGUUUUCAUUAUAUAAACCUCGAAUCUGUAGGUUGAUAAAUAUUUUGACAUUCAAAAUUUACUAAUUAUGACUAUAAUAUACCACAAAAGCUAGACUGUACUCCGUGCCAUUUGAUAUACAUGUAGCAAAAAUUAAUUAAACAACUAUUCUUUACGAAAGCCCAGAAGG